AUGGCUGCUCAACUUUGCUCGAUUCGUUUAAUUCGUCAAGAUACAUCAGUUCCAUGGGGUUUUCGACUAGAAGGAGGUAUUGAUUUUGGUCAUUCUAUCACUAUACAACAUGUGAAUCCUGGAAGUAUAGCUGAAUACAGUGGACUACGAGCUGGUGAUCGUGUAAUACGCAUUAAUCAAUCCGAAACUAAAUCAAUGCGACAUGAUGAUGCCAAAAUGGAGAUUAUUCGAUCCAAUAAUGAUUUAGAAAUGUUUGUUCAACGUGAUGAAGUCAUAAAUUCGUAUACACAUCAAAAUUAUUUCUCGCCUUCACCAAUACAUUCUACGAAUCGAUCACCAAAACCAAUUAAUCGACAAACUUCAUGGCAGCCUAAAAUUGUUUCAUCUGUUCAAAUGUCACCAAACAGCAUUAAUCAUAAUCAUCAACAAGAAUACAGGACUCAUGGUUAUUUGGAGACUCUAUCAAAUAAUAAUAAUAAAGAACCAACAUCAAUUGGAACUAAACAUAACAUUUCACCACUUCCAUAUGGACAAUCCCCACCAGCACCAGGAGAAAAUCUGAUCACAAAAGUCGGUGAAGGACGUUACAGAAAAAUCAGUCAUUCAUCAUAUAAUUCACCUAUGGGUUUAUAUAAUCAAAAAAAUCGAAAUCAAACAUUUGAACAAACAUUAUCUAGUGCUACAGGUAAUCAACUUGAUGGUGCAACACCUCAGGCACCACCAUCUACACCACCAUCAAUGUAUUGUGGAUCAUGUGGAGGUUUUAUCCGUGGUGUUUUUGUGAAAAUCCAAGGUCGUGUUCCAAUGCAUCCUGAAUGCCUGAAAUGUUGCAAAUGUGGCAUAGGUUUACGUAAUAUUGGUUAUUUCUAUAUUAAAGAACAAUUGUAUUGUGAAACUCAUGCGAAACAAGCUGCUCCACCGCCUGAACCUGGCAUGAAAGCUGUAGUUGUUUAUAAAUAA